AUGGCUGGAGAUAAUCGAUUUCAUGCGCAGGGCAUACAUGCCUCUGCUUUGGAGCUCAUCGGCCAGACCCCGCUGGUUCGCCUACAGAAAAUCCCGCAGUCGCUUGGUAUCGAGGCCACGGUCUACGCAAAAUGCGAGUUCUUCAACGCCGGAGGAAGUGUGAAGGACCGGAUAGCGUUACGCAUGAUAGAGGAGGCUGAGAAGUCAGGCCGCAUCAAGCCUGGAGACACCCUGAUCGAGCCAACUAGUGGAAACACUGGCAUAGGCCUUGCUCUUGUGGCCGCUAUUAAAGGCUACAAGACGAUCAUCACUCUUCCGGAGAAGAUGUCGGCAGAGAAAGUCGCGGUCCUGAAAGCCCUCAACGCCACCAUUAUCCGGACACCUACACAAGCGGCCUUUGACAGCCCAGAAUCACACAUUGGAGUGGCAAAGAGAUUGGAAAAGGAACUACCCAAUGCUCACAUCCUGGAUCAAUACGGAAACCCGGAUAAUCCGCUGGCGCAUGAAUUGGGGACCGCCGAAGAAGUCUGGGAGCAAACCAACGGCACAAUCACGGCCAUUGUUGCCGGAGCUGGCACAGGUGGAACAAUUACUGGUUUGGCGCGUGGUCUGCAUAAGCACAACAAGAAUAUCAAGGUCAUCGCAGCUGACCCCCAGGGCUCGAUCCUGGCUCUUCCAUCGCAACUCAACGACGAAUUCUCCAACCAGCCAUACAAGGUUGAGGGUAUAGGCUACGACUUCAUUCCGGAUGUCCUUGAUCAGAAAGUGGUGGAUAAAUGGUACAAGACAAAUGAUAGGGAAUCAUUCUACUAUGCUCGCCGACUGAUAGCAGAAGAAGGUCUUCUUGCCGGAGGAAGCAGCGGUUCUGCCAUCGCAGCCACUGUUGCAGCAGCGAGAGAACUGAGACUGGGCAAAGACGACGUUAUUGUGGUCAUCCUGCCAGACAGUAUUCGAUCAUAUCUAUCGAAGUUUGUGGAUGAUGACUGGUUGGCUGCUAAUGAUCUCCUGCCGCCCACACCGCCGCCAGAAGACCAGGCGGUACCGGGCACUCCACAAAUUUCACGACGAGACAGCAUCAAGCCGAACGACCAAUUCCAAGGAGCACGAGUUCGAGACCUCCGGCUCAAGCCUGUCCAAACGGUCACUGCCGACCAACCUUGCAUUUCGGCCAUCGAAACAAUGCGCGAGAAAGGCUUCGAUCAACUUCCGGUGCUCGCUCCAAAGGGCCGGCGCUUGGUUGGACUCGUGACGCUCGGAAACCUUCUGUCUCGAAUCAGUCAUGGCCGGGCAAGCGCCGACUCACCAGUAUCAGAUGUCAUGUUUGACUUCAGCAAUAUCAGCGAAGUCACCAUCGACCACAACGACUUCAGCGACUUGACCUCGUCCGAUUUGGGCCGUUUCUCGAGUGAAAUGAGCGAGAAACCAGAAGCUCAAGACCCCAAGGGACAUGGUGGCAAGAAGAGACGUCAUUUCGUCGAGAUCACCGUCGAUACACCUCUGAGUGCGCUCAACCGGUUUUUUGAAUGGCAAAGCGCAGCAAUCGUCACAGAAAGAGAAACAGGGGCAAGCUCAACGCCUGGAAAGGUUCCGGCCAUGAAGCCAAUUGCUGUGGUGACCAAGGUCGACCUGCUGACCUGGAUGCUGAGCAAGAACAAACUGCAUUAA